AUGCUCAUGCUCGUUCCUUUGCUAAUUCAGUUCAAUUCAAUUCAAUCCAGUCCCAAUCCAGUUCCAAUUCCAUUCAAUCCCCCAUCUCCCCCUCCGCAUACCCACUCGCGCUCCAUCUCCCCCCCCUCCCCAGCAGCCAAACCCAAACCCAGUCCAAAACCCCAAAAAGCCCUUGCCCUCCAAAUAUACAAAAAACAAGUCUACAAAGAAAACCCCCACUCCCCCUAUUUCCCUCCGCAGACACACAAGACAGCCACCAAAAAAAACACAGAAUAA